CAGGGGCAGGGCAAGGCCGAGGGAAGAGAAGAGAUUUAUGUAAAAGCCCUAAAAAUCUCGAGGGUGAGAAGUCGAGAAGAGGAACCAUGUCGAGGCGAGAGAGCAGAGACUCAGACCCUAAACGAUCUAGUUCUAGAAUCGAUCGCGAACCCAGCCCCAAGAGAUCAAGAAGAGAUGGCAAACCUGAAGCUGAACGAGUUUUGAGCAAGAAAGAUUUGGAUGUUAGAGAUGGUACUGCCACAGAGCAAAAACCACGUCAUUCCUUGAGAGAUGCUGCGCCAUUGGAACCUGAUGCUCAUGGUUUGAAAAGAGACAGUGAAAAUAAGCAUUCCGAACAUCAUGAGACCAAGAAACAAGCUUCCCAUUUGUCAGAUGUAUCUCGUCCUAGACCAUAUCAUCAGCAUGAUGAUCAUCGUAGUGACAGAAAGGAUGACAGAAGAGCAACUUUUGAGAGGGGAUCGUGGAGAAGUUCAAGAGAUCAGAGUAAUCGAAGAGCUGGAGAUGAUGAGAAGUCCCAGCAUCGUAAAGACGAAGACAAAAGCUCGUGGCGGCAUGAUAGGUUCCAUGAGAGUGACGACAAAACUCAAGGAGCACUCUCUAGGAAUCGACCGGCCUUCAGGGAGAAGAAGCUUCCAGAGGAAUCUGGGAACAACACAGAUAGACCAACAACUGAGGAGGCAAGAGACACAAAUCUUAACCAUCGCCGACAGAACGAGAGAAACUGGAGGAGCAAUAUGCAUUCAGAAAGACAUGAGAGACCAGCAACGGGAAGAGACAGAGUGUGGAACAGAGAUGAUGUGAGAGGUGCGGGAAGCAGACAGAGCUAUCGAGCUGAUAGAGACAACAGAUUCCGCAGCAAUGAACGAAGUGGGUUUGACGGAAGCUGGACAAGGAAUGAGAAGAAAUGGGACCAUGACCUGUUCGAGGAGGCAAACAAGAGUCCGACUAGAGCCACAGAGGAAGAACAGAUUGCAAAAGUUGAAACCUUGUUGGCUUCUUAAAGCCAAUGUGAGUCCAUGUCUCUUCUUUUUUUAGUCUGGAGUUGCCUUCAAACUUUAGUGGCUCAGUUUGCAAUUGUAGAAGAUGAUAUCUGAGUUUAUAUAAUGAAACUCUCCUCUAUUUUCAAACGAACA